AUGACGACCAGCAGCGACACCCAGCCGCAGGAGCCGGCGCAUACCUCGGGACCCGAGGUAGCGCUCGUGUUCAUCGGCGUGUCGCUGGCGCUCGGCGCGCUGUGCCGGCAGGUGCUGAGCAACACGCGCAUCCCGUACACCGUCGCGCUGCUGCUCGUCGGCGUCGGGCUCGGCGCGCUAGAGUAUUAUGUGAACCUGGGACUGCUGGGAGAGAGCAUUCGGAUGUGGGCCAACAUUGAUCCAGAGCUGGUGCUCUACGUCUUUCUGCCCGCACUGCUAUUCGAGAGCGCCUUUUCCUUCGAGUUCCACCAAGUCAAGCGGUGUCUGGUGCAGAUGUUCCUGCUGGCAGUGCCGGGCGUCGCCAUCUCCACUGGCUUCCUCGGAGUCAUCAGCCGAUACGUGCUGCCGUACGGGUGGAACUGGUCGACGGCCAUGCUGCUGGGCGGGCUGCUGAGCGCCACGGACCCCGUGGCCGUGGUGGCUCUGCUGCGCGACCUGGGCGCCUCCAAGAAGCUCAGCACCAUCAUUGACGGCGAGGCGCUCAUGAACGACGGCACGGCCAUAGUGGUGUUCCAGCUGUUCCUGCGCCUCACUCUAGGCUACAGCUACGGCAUCGGGGAUGUCAUCGGCUUCCUCUUCAAGGUCACGCUUGGGGGGGUGGGGUUGGGGAUGGCGUUCGGGGUGGUGAGUCUGCUGUGGCUGCGCACCGUCUUCAGCGACCAUGUCAUCGAGAUCACCAUCAGCCUCACCGCCUCCUACAUGGCCUUCUUUGUCGCUAACGACGUGGCCAAAACAUCGGGAGUGCUUUCAGACAUGACGCUUGGCAUCAUGUUUGCCAUAUUCGCCAAGACGGCAUUCACAGGGGAGAGCGAGCAGGGCAUGCACCACUUCUGGGAGAUGGUGUCCUACAUCGCCAACACGCUCAUCUUUGUGCUCAGUGGAGUGGUGAUAUCGGAGAGCAUACUCCAGAACGCCAACUACAUCAAAGGCGCGGACUGGGGCUACAUGAUUCUGCUCUACGUGUUCGUGCAGCUGUCACGGGUGGUGGUGGUGGGAGUGCUGUACCCCGGGCUGGCCAGCAGCGGCUACGGGCUCACGUGGAAGGAGGCCAUCAUCCUCGUCUGGUCGGGCCUGCGCGGUGCCGUUGCCCUCACGCUCGCCCUGCUCGUCAGCCACGAGCCGGUAACAGAAAACAUCACUAAAGAAACAGAAGCCAGGUUCAUGUUUCUGACGGGCGGGGUGGUGUUCCUGACUCUCAUAGUGAACGGCAGCACCACGCAGUUCGUGCUCGCCGCACUCAAGAUGAACGCCACCUCCGACAUCAAGAAGCGGGUGGUGAACUUCACGCGCCAGGAGCUGUGUGAGUACGCAGUGAAGACAUUCGAGGAGAUAGGAGACGAUGAGGAGCUGGGGCCAGCGGAGUGGGCCACCGUCAACGAGUACCUCACCUGCCUCAAGCAGCCCGCCUCCCACGGAACCCUCUCAGCCAGCGCCUUCCUGAGCCGAUUCGGAGGCUCGGGGACUGGUUCGGGGGGAGGGUCGGGGGUGGGGGUGAGGAAGAGCCACCCGCAUGAUCACAGCCAGUCGCACGAGCAGCUGCGCGCGCAGCAGCUGCAUGACACCCGCCUCAGGUUCCUCAACGGCGUGCAGGCGGCGUACUGGAGCAUGCUGGAGGAGGGGCGCGUCAACCAAACAGCCGCCAUGCUGCUCAUGCAGGCCGUGGCGGAGGCCGUCGACCUCACCACGCAGCAGCGGCGCCUGCUGCUGUGGAAAGCCCUGGAGCCGCACGUGCGCAUGCCGCGCUACCUGCGCCUCUUCCACCGCCGCCUGCGCCGCCUGCUGCCACAGCGCGCCCUCAACUGGGUCACCGUCGACCGCCUCGAGCUGGCGGCUUCCAUGAGUGCUGCUUACAUCCGUGCUCUCCGGCAUGCCCGGCAACAGCUGCGAGACUUUCUCAAGGACAGCCCGAUAUGCGAAGCAGUUAUUCUGGAGAGCGAGGAGGAGGAGACACCGGCCAAGAGGUUCAUGGAGGACGUGCGCCUCAAUUUCCCCGAGGUCCUCACCAUCAUCAAGACCAAGCAGGUCACACACGCCAUCCUGCAGGGCCUGCACGGGUACGUGGAGAAUCUCGAGCACGCGGGGCUGCUGGACCAGCGCGAGGUGAUGCAUCUGCACAAGGCGGUGCAGGCGGACAUGAAGAAGCUGCAGCGCAGCCCGCCGUUUGUGGCGAUGCUGCCAGCGGGGGAGGUGCUGGCGAGGCAGCCGCUCAUUGGAGCGCUGCCGGCGGACAUCCGCCUGGCGCUGCUGCAGCCGCUCAAAGAGGCCACCAAACUCUCCGGUGCCUCGCUCUUCCACGAAGGGCAGCCCGCCCAGGGCGUCUGGCUCAUCGCCUCCGGUACCGCCAAGUGGACGUCAGCGCGGGCAGAGGCAGAGGCGGAGGCGCACGGGCACCGGUUCAUCCCGCCGCUGUUUGCACACGGCAGCUCCGUGGGGCUGUAUGAGACGCUGAGAGGGUGUGCGUACAUGAGCACGGUGGCAGCAGACAGCGUGCUGCACUGCUUCUUCAUUGACAGACAGCGCAUCAUGGAUGCUGCAGGCAGCAGCGAUGCCAUUGAGGACUUUCUGUGGAAGGAGAGCUGUCUGGAGGUGGUGAGGGUGCUGCAACCAGAGGAGUUCGGAGCGCUCUCAAUGCACGAGCUGCGCGUGCUGCUCACAGACUCAGCGCACCUCCUCACCUGCCGCCCGGGAGACACCCUGGACCUGCUGCCCUCGCAAGUGGCGGUGCUGCUGCUCGGCUCCGUGCGCCCCGUCGACCUCUCCCUCGCCAACGCCUCCGCCUCUGCCUCUGCCAUUCCUUUCUCUGGAUCCGCCCUUGCUGCUUCUCACCCUGGUUCAGAUGCAGAUGUCGUGCAAGGGGGUGAUCCAGGCGAGGGAGAUAGGCUGCUGGGCGGUGGCAGUGGGGAGAAUGGGGAUGGAGGAGGAGGGAAGAGCAACGGGGAGCAACGGGGAGAGGGUGAAGGAGGUGGGAGGGAUGGGCGAGUGGAGGAUGGCGUGCUGGUGGCUGUUGAUGCUCCCGCGUUGCUCACAGCACAGCCACUGCCAGCCGCAGCCCCUGAGCGGGCAGUGUAUGGGGACAGCGCUGCCAUGCUGCACGGGCGCUACUCCGCUCUCUCCCUCUGCAAGCUGCUUGUCAUCCACAUGCCCCGCGACCUCAUGUCUGUCCAAAACACGCCCACCAGGUCGUUCCACGUGCACCGCCCGCAGGCCACGCACGACCACGACGGGCUGCUGCGCUUCGGAGCAGAGGGCGCCGAGGAGGGCACCCUCAAUGAAGCACUGCUGGCCGCCGUGGGGGCGGGGGAGCACGCAGGCGGGAGCAGUGGGGCAGCACGGGGCGAGGAGGGCUUGGGGUGGGUGGGCGAGGAGGCGGCGAGUGAGAUGACGAUGCCGCGCGGGAGCGAGCUGGCGGAGGCGCUGAGGGACCGCUCGGUGGUGGACCAGGCGCUCAUGGAGCGAGCCAUGGAGCUCAGUGUGUUCGGCAGCAAGCUGAACCUGAGACCGCGCAGACCGACGGACACGUCACCGCACCACCACGCGCAGCUGCACUACAGCCAUGUGCACGCGCACUACCACAGCCACUACAACCUGCACGCCGCGCGAGUCAGCCCUGCCCCCUCCCCGGCCUCCGCUCUCUUCACCGCCUCUCAGCCGCACCUGCUGCCUGGUUUCGGCCGCCAGGCUGGACAGCCGGUCAAUCGCGCCGCCACGUCAUCAGGCGCCAGCGCGCGCAAAUCGAGCGAUCCCAACAUUGUCGAAUCGAUGCGCAGCGGCCUGGUCAGCGCUGCAGCACAGGGACAGCUGGCACGGGGCGGGGCGCACAGCACGUCGCUGUCUGCGAUCUUGCCGUCCCUUUACGCAGCGGCUGGGUCACGAACUCCGGGCAGUGAUGGUGGUGGUGAUGGUGUGAAAGGCGAUGGGGUGUCGAGGGACGGUGGUGCUGCAGGAGAUGUGGCAAAGCCUGAAGUUCCCCGUGCUUUUAUCCCACCACGUCAGCCUUCAUCCUCAGCCCCAACCUCGUCCAGUGCCAUUCCUCUAGAACAGCAACCGGAUUCAGCAGGAGCGGCGUUGCUAGGGAAUGCACCAAGGAAAGAAAUUAGGGGAGGCCCAUCGCGUCAACUUCACCCAAUUCCGUCCGCGCCCAAUGAAAGGGUGGGUGAUGAUAGUGACGAGGAGGAUGGCGCUGGAGAGGAUCAUGUUGUCUCUAUCGACUCUCCUAGUCGCCUGUUUUGA